AGUAGCAACAAUAAUAACUCUGCACGUGCAGUUUGCUUUAACUUGCAUUGUUCUUGCGAUAACCGUUAACCCUUUACACAACCUCCAUCCCCAACACACAGUAGUGUUGUGAAUGAAACAACCCUCACAGAGAGAAAAACGAGUAGAGAGACAGUGAUGAAGAGGCAAACCAGCGCAGUGUCACCGUCGUCAUCCCGGCGAGAAAACGCGCCGGAAAAAAUCCACGCCAAGACCAUCGGCUGCAUGUCUGGCAUUCUCCACCUCAUCUCCCGCUCCAACAGCCGCAGCCAACGCCGCUUCCUCACCUUCGGAAACAAGAAGAAUCCUAAGAAUAAUUCUUCUUCCGCCGUUUCCUCUAUCGCCGCCGUAGAAAUAUCAAAAGAGGAGAAGACUUCCGAAGUUGCCGCCGGCCGAAAAUCGAUAUCGCCGUGCGAGGUGCCGAGAAGCCCGACGUUACCCGCGGAGAUUCGCCGGUCUCGUGCGACAAAGCCUCAAUCGCCGACGCCGGAGAGUCGCUCGCCGGCUUUGGUGGCGAGGUUGAUGGGACUGGAGGAAGCAUCGGAAGCUGCGCCGUCGGAAUCGGUGGCGGAGAAGAGGCGGCAACUUCUCGGAGCGCUACAACGGUGUGAUGAGGACUUGAAGGCGCUGAAGAAGAUUAUCGAGGCGGUUCAGUUGACGGAUCCGCUGCCAUCGGCUGAGCCGGAGGAAUCUAAAACCGCCGGCGAGUUCGAUGGUAAGAUCAAAACGGUUUCGGAGGUGAAGUGUACGGUGGUUACCGGCGAGCAGCAGCAGCCGAGUCCAGUGUCCGUACUCGACGAGUUCACUCGUUCACCACUCAGUCCGAGUUGCCAUUCGGGAAGACAUUCAUUCGGGCGAAUACAGCUGCAACAGAAGCAACAGCAGUUACUGAAGAAGCCUGGAGAGGAAGAAAUCAGCAGCACAUACAUCUAUGAAAGAAUGACAAGUGAGUUGGUACAUAAAAAAGUUAUCGAAGAUGAAGAUCAUCAUUCAGUUAUGUGGAGUAGCAAAGCCAUGAUAAAAAGUGUGGAGGAAGUGUGUAGGGACAUUGCUUGGGGAGAAAAGCGAGAGCUUGGAAGAAUAGGUUUGGCUUUGCAAGAUCAUAUCUGCAAGGAUUUGAUUGAAGAGGUUGUUAGAGAAUUAGGUUGCUUUUACACAUUGCCUUUUCAGGCCUGUAAGAGAAGACUAUGCUUCUAACUAUACCCAUCCUCUUUUUCAACAUGUUAAUUAUAUCAGUUAAACUUACAUAUAUUGGCCUUACAGAUUACAGAUUUACAGUCGACUCAGAAUAUUAUUUGUGCUAUAAAGAUGUACGACACAUCAUUUAUAAAUA